AUGGCUUCGACGCAGACGGUGCUGUGGUCCAGAAUUCUCGAUCGACUGGAUGGGCCCAAACCGCCUAAACUUGUUGUUGUAGAUCCUAGGAAGACACAGACAGCAAAACGGGCGGAUGUUCAUCUGGCUCCCAAGGUCGGGACCAAUGUUGCCCUGCUCAAUGGGAUUCAGUGUUUACUUUUCCAAAAUGGCUGGGUCAAUGAUGAAUGGGUGUCGCAGCAUACUUGCGGAGUAGAAGGGUUGAAGAAGGUAGUGGAGAAAUACACACCGGACGUUGUCGAGGAGAUCACUGGAGUUCCUAGCAAGGACCUCGAAGAGGCGGCUAGGAUCAUUGGCACCUCCAAGGCAUUGGUAUCGACGGCGCUGCAGGGAGUCUAUCAAUCAAACCAGGCAACAGCAGCAGCGUGCCAGAUCAACAACAUCAACCUUCUCCGUGGUCUCAUCGGGAAGCCAGGGAGCGGCGUCUUCCAGAUGAACAGCCAGCCUACUGCCCAGAACAAUCGGGAAGCAGGAUGUAACUGCGAGUUCCCCGCGUUCCGAAACCAUAAGAACCCAGUGCAUAUGCAGCAGCUCGCGGACUUGUGGAACAUCGAGUACAGAAACCUGCCUCAUUGGGCCGAGCCUACACCCAUCAUGACCUUGCUCGAUUACAUGGAGAAGGGCUCCGUGGAGAUGCUGUGGGUAUCUGGCACCAACCCACUGGUGAGCCUGCCCGAUCUGUCUAGGAUCCGGGAAAUCCUCAGCAGUCCCCAUCUUUUUCUCGUCUGUCAGGAUAUCUUCCUAACAGAGACGGCUGCUAUCGCGGACGUAGUCAUCCCCGCUGCUCAAUGGGGGGAGAAGAUAGGCACGUAUACCAACGCGGACCGGACGGUGCAUUUAUCUGAAAAGGCAGUUGAUCCACCGGGACAGGCCCGAUCGGAUCUAGAGAUCUUCCUAGAUUUCGGGAACCGAAUGACCCUAAAGGACAAAGACGGGAACGGUCUUCUCCCGUGGCGAACGGCGGAAGAAGUCUUCGAAGCCUGGAAACUAGUAUCCAAAGGUCGACCCUGCGAUUACAGCGGACUCACUUACGACAAGCUGAGAGGCGGAUCCGGCAUCCAGUGGCCAUGCAACGAGCAGUAUCCCCUAGGUAAGGAAAGGCUUUUCGAGGACGGAAUCUUCAACACAGACAUCGACUACUGUGAGAGCUUCGGACAUGACCUUGAAACCGGGGUUCCGUUUGCCAAGGACCAAUACCUAGAGUUGAAUCCGCGCGGGAGAGCUAUCCUGAAGUGGUCGCCGUAUGUCCCUCCGAUUGAGACGCCGGAUGAAAAAUAUCCGCUUCUUCUCAAUACGGGACGGGAGGCGCUUCACUCGGACACACGCGAGAAGACGGGACGAUCGAAGCCGCUGCAGGAUUCGUGCCCUGAACCGCGUGUUCAGAUUUCUGAGUCCGAUGCCGCUCGUUUUGAUGUCAAGGAUGGAGAGAUGGUCCUUGUCCGCUCGAGAAGGGGGGUGGUUGAAAUGCCCGUGUCCAUUGGGGAUAUUAUGCCAGGGCAGGCUUUUAUCCCUUUUCACUUUGGAUAUUUCGAUUCCACUGAUGGUCGAGCAAGGGCCGCCAACGAGUUGACUGUUGAUCAAUGGGACCCAGUAUCGAAACAGCCCACAUUAAAAGGAGGAACAGUGCGGAUCGAAAAACUCCCACAAGAUGCCACAGACACAGGCCAGGUCAAGAUUCACGCUCGAGAACGGCAGUCUGACGCCAUGCAUAGGGUGGAAAACAGCAAACGUGAAGCCCACUCUGUCCCAAACGAGAUCAAAGACACCCACCAACGCACCUGUCGUCUGGAAACCUGGCUAGCAUUCACCGUCCAAGCAGCCACAGACCUGUUCGAGAUCUGCAAGCAGGAAUUUGACUGCUCCUCCCUGGUCAGCGACAAGGAUAUCUACCAGGGUUUCCGCGUGCUAAGCCACAUAGCAAUGACGAUCCACGACCUCAUCCAACCUUUCGCGAAGAAAUACGGCGUCCGUGAAAUGCCGAGAGAGUCCAUAUCGCGCCGGCUCCGGGCUACUCUUUUCCCGUACAACCUGAGCACGUACGAGGCGAUGAACGAGAGGGCGGAUGUGCUUAUCGUCUUGCGCAGAUUGUAUGUGCCCGGGUGCCAUGUGGAGAUGCAGUUGGUCGGGUUGCAGGCGGCCAGCGAGGCCAUGGGCGAUGAGGAGUUCCGGGAUGCUGUCUUGGAGGCGCAGAAGUCUAUUCGGAGGAUUCUCGAGUGGAUGCGGUAUGUGAUGAGUAUCAAGGUGCCGCAGUUGCUGCUUGUUCCAAUUCGGGAUUGA